AACCGCGCUCGCUGAGCUAACUCAGCUAACGUGUGUACCUCUUUGUCGUGCGUUCGUUGCGCGUCAGUUUCCCGUUCCGCUUCUGGCUAGGAGGACGCGCGAUAAGGAGAUCGCGGAAGUGAGCGCAAAAGUGUUCUGCCAGGAAAAACGAUCGUGUCUUUUUCAUGAGAUAAAAUUCCCGCUUCCCAGAGAAUCGGGAAGAUCUUGCUCCACCUGCUCUCUACCAAUAAAUCAUCGUGGAGAACAUCGAUCCGAAUUUUACUGAAGACUUUCAUAAUUAUUUUUUGCGAUUCAUUUCGCAGAUGUCUAAUCGCGAUUGAGGUUUCCCAGAAGAUCCCUGAAAUAAUAGGGAGACCUGGUUUUCCUUCUGAAGAAAAUUUUUACUGAGAAGGAAGCCGCUCUUUUUUUGCCAUCGAUAUAUUUAUAGUUGAUCGAAGAUACCCUGAGACUUCGAAGGAGGACGCCGACGCGAUGAAGGCUAACACUGCGGCGACGAAGAUCCAGGCCAAUUUCCGCGGAUAUCGCGUGCGCAAGCAGCUGAAGGAAUCCACGCAGCGCCGUCGUCAACAACAGCAGAAUCAGCAGGACCAGAAACGGAACCAACAACAGCAGCAACAGCAGGAACAUAUGAAGCCGAAGGAGCAUCUGUUGAAGAGACAGAGCACUCAGGAGGCGCUCGAGGAGAAAUCGGCGACGAAGAUCCAGGCGGGCAUUCGCGGUUUCCUGGUGCGAAAGAGACAGCAGGCCGUUCAAGCCGCGGCAACGAGGAUCCAAGCUGGCUUCCGUGGUUUCAGGACGCGGAAACUGCUGAAGCAAAAUGGUCAAUAAGCUGUCCUUUCCUGGUGUGAGAGACAACGUGGGACAUUGACGUGUGCAAGAGCAUUUUGCGGAUUCCUUUGUAACUCGGACAAGACCUGCAAUUGGAUCGGAGGCGAG